AUGGAAGAUUGGGGGACUAGAAAAAUAAUACAUAUUAAAUUUGAUGCUAAUUGGAUACCUAUUAAUGAAGAUGGAAAGAAGUUUAGUUCACAACUUGGAGUCUUGGCUCGAGAUGGGCAGAAGGUUCCUCUAACAUAUACUUCAUGGAGUGGCAUACUGCCUGAUGUAUUAAAUGUCAUUUGGAAAGAUGUCAAGGACAACACCGAUGUCCCAGAUGAAUAUAAACAUAGUUGCUUGAAGGUGGUUAGUAAUAGAUGGAGGGAUUGGAAGAGUCGAGUCAAGACACAAUGGUAUGAUAAAUAUGAAACUGAUGAGGAACGACUAGCAAUCACACCUAAUCAAGUUGUUAGAGAUCAAUGGAUACUAUUAGUAAAGUAUUGGGGUCUCCCGGAUGUAAAGGAGCUGUGUGAGACAAAUAAACUUAGCCGUGCACAAGGAGGAGCCCCUCAUAGAACUGGUAGAAAAUCUUUUGCUAGAAUACGGAAAGAGAUGAUGGACAGAGGAGAGAAAACUGAUCGCCUGACCAUGUUUAUGAAAACACGUGCAAAGAAAAUAAAGAAUAAUGAAGGCCAACAAGUUGAGACUUUUGAUGAGGAGGCUGCUGCUAUUAUAAGUCAAUUCAAUUAUUAUUUGGAGGAGAGGCCUGAAGAUGAAGAAGAUGAUUCAUUUAGAGAGGAGGUAUUUACUAAAGUGAUGGGAGAAGAUACACAUGGACGUGUCCGCAUGUACGGGACAGGAGUGACUCCAUCUCAAGUAUUUGGUCAAACUUCAACAACUUCUUAUAUUAAUGAAAAGAGAACACUGGAGUACAUGGAAAGAAACUAUGAGUCCAAGCUAAAUGAUCAUAAAAGUGGCUAUGAAUCUCAACUGGGAGAGAUGAAAUCAAAGUAUGAUGAUAUGAAAUCAAAGUAUGAUGAUGUAUCGUCAUGAUUGGAUCUUUUAAUGGCUCAUGUAAGCAUCCAAGUGAACUCAAGUGGCACUAGAAG